GGGAAACACUCAGGGCUUGCAACAAGCUGGCCAUCCAAGUCUGACGUCACGUCAACACGUCACUGGACAUGUAGGUAGCAGAAGUAUCAUACACAUUAACAUACAUGCAGUGCUGAGGACACCAUGACUGUGACACGUGUGCUCGUUAUACUCUGCUCCUUACAUGUGCAAUGUACAGUGGGUCAGUCUGUUUCUGUCACUGUUGCUACAGACAAGGAAAUAGCAACGAUAGAUGACCAUUUCGUUGGAGUGACAAUUGAUUCAGCAGAGAUACCAAUAGCUUUUAACUGGGGAGGACUGGAUUUACGUUCACCCAAAGUGCGGACGCUUGCUAAGGCGUUAUCCCCCAGCUAUCUGAGAAUAGGCGGAACAGCUGGAGACUUCAAUACAUUUGACCCAACGGGUCAUGGGGGUACAAGUGCAAACUCCACUUUUACUGGUGCUAUAUGGGACAAUCUGAAUGACUUUGUGAGGACCGUGGGAUGGGACUUGGUGUUUGGCCUCAAUGUAUUGAAGCGGAAAGACGGACAGUGGGACCCUGAAAACGCCAAAGAACUGAUGAGCUAUAGCUAUGCCAGGAACUACAAGAUGCCCGCAUUUGAACUCGGAAAUGAACCUGAAUAUUUCCCUGAACCCUUCACCAAUACAAUUUCUGGAGCACAGCUUGGGCGAGAUUUUGUCCAUCUUAGGGAAAUCCUCAAGUCUACUCCUGGGUUCGAAUCCACGCUGGUGAUUGGACCAGAUGUAACAGGUAUCUCAGGACCGAGAUCCAUAUUGUUCGAGAAUUUCUUCAAAGGGGAAGGAAGCAAAGCUGUUGACAGAAUCACCUUUCACCAAUACUAUGCCUACGAAGUCGGUGUUACAGUGGACACCUGUCUCGACCCCAAGGUGCUGGACAGCCUGAUAUCUGACAUCCAUAGAGUGCGUAACGUCACUGCUCCUACCAACCCCGACACUCCCGUUUGGCUUGGGGAGACAUCGUCCUUCUAUGGCGGGGGAGCACCUGAUAUAUCUGAUAGAUAUGUUGCAGGCUUUCUAUGGUUAGACAAGCUCGGGGUUGCUUCAAGGAUGGGACUUAAAGGGGUUUUGAGACAAUCGUACUAUGGACAAAAUUAUUCUCUGAUCGAACCUCACACGUUUGAACCUUAUCCGGACUACUGGCUGACCUUGCUCUACAAGAGACUGGUUGGGAAUAAAGUGUUAUCUGUGCAGACCAACUCAACCAACAGUUUCAGGGUCUACGCACAUUGUGCCAAACAGAACAGCGUGUACAACUACAAGCCGGGUAGUGUUGUAGUCUACAUCGUCAACGUCAACAUCUACACCACCGUCGUCACCUUCCCACAAUUCCAAAAGAAUAUGGAUCUCUUCUGGCUUAGACCAGAGUUCAUAGAGCUUACUUCAAGGAAUGUGACACUAAAUGGUAAACGACUGGAUUAUGUGAACAACACCAUCCCUGACAUGCCCCCUCAAAAGGCCUAUGGCGGGCUCCUCAUGCUACCAGCAAGGACCUUCGGGUUUGCUGUGUUUCCUGAUGCGGAUGUUGAUAUCUGCAAGUGAUGCUGACUGGUAUUAAUUGUAAUGUAGAUUACAUUAAACCAAUGUAACAUUA